AUGUUACCACUUACGGCGGAGUUAGUGGCGGUUGAAGGAAAAGAGAUUGAAACCCACUAUGUGCUAGCUAGAGAAAGAAUCCGUCGCUGGAACUCGACGUCCAAGUGCUAUCUUCUCGUUGAAAACUUGCCCACACCACUACAGGCUGGUGGUAUAGCCAGUGCGAGCGUGUGGUCGUCCUGCGGUUGUCGGCAGCGCUUGCUGGCGGCAGUGACGAGUGGCGGUCGCGCCGUACACUGGGCCGCUGUACCAGCACCGCCUUCAAAUAACUCCGAUCUGUGCCGGUUUAAUUACACGUAA